AUGGGAAAUUUCAUAGGAUUUAAAGAAAAUAAUAAAAAUAAAGAGAAUAUAAAUAUUUUUGAAAAAAGAUAUGGUUAUAAUUUGAAUGACUUACAUAGUUACAUAUAUAAAAUUAACUUACCUUUAAAACCACCAUAUAUAAACUAUGUAUUAGAAGAAAAAAACAAAAAAGCAAAAAAUUUCAUUGAGGAAUAUUCGAAUAAUGAAGAAGAUAAAUCAUUAAUUAAUACAUCAGAUCCUGUUGAUUUAUAUAAAAAUUAUGAAAGAGAAAAUAUCAAUAAUUCUAAAAAUAUUUAUAAAAAUAAAUUAAUAAUAAAUAAUAAGGAACCUAGUGAAAAAUAUGAAGAUAAAUAUGUCCAUCUAUCUUAUGAUAACAAUUAUGAAUAUGAUUUAAAUAAAAAUAAUAUUUACACAGAAGAUAAUAUAUCAAAUUAUAUUUUACAGAAACAUAUUUCUGAAAAUCAAAAUAAAGUUAAUAAAACUUAUGUUAAUUUAUGUUUAAACUAUUACAAUAACUUAAAUACAUGUGUAAUAAAAAAAUAUGAAAAAAAUGUACAAAACAAAAAGUAUAAAUUUACUCGUUUACAUACUUGUAAACCUCAUUAUGUAUUAUUUUCUAGAUGUAUUAAAUAUAGAGAUAAAAAAUUGAUGAAGGAAAUAAAGAAAAUAGAACUAAACUAUUUCAACUCUCUUAAUAAAGCCAAUAAAUCAUCUUAUUUAAAUGAAUUUUUAACGAAUAUAAAUUAUCAUGAGACAUUAUUUAGAUUCAUUUUCUUAAUUUUUUUUUUAUAUUCCUUUUUUUUUUUUUUUAGUAUGUUUAAUAAAGAGUUAGAAGAAUUAAGAGAAAGAUAUAAUAAUAUUUCAAAACACAAUGAAUCAACUGGUGAAGAAUUACAAAAUAUUAAUGUGGAAAAAAGAAAAAUAAAUUCAAAUAAAAAACAUUUAUUACUAAAUAUAUAA